AUGGCCGAAAACGCGGCGCCAGGAAGCGCAAACAACACGGGCGCAGACAGCUCGCGCGGAAUGCCCUACUACGAGAGACUGCGACGCGACUUGCGCGAAUCGCUCAACAAGAAGCGCAUCAUCGACAACAGUCUGGUCAGUACAGCCAAUGACGCGUUUGUGAACUUGCGUGUUGACUUUCCAUGGCAGCUACAACUAGAGGACAACAUCCUCCGAGUCGAGACGCAAUACCUCGAAGAGACGAGCGCCGGAAACAUCAUCAAGGGCUUCGACAACUACAUCAAGGGCGCGGCGACUACCACAACAGCAGGAGGAGCAGGCACCGCGACCAGACGGAAAGCACCCAUCAGUGAUGCAGACCGGAUAUUCAGUCGGAGCUCUACAAGCUUCCUGAGGGAAUCUUCCACACCGGGCUCCGCGACGCCAUCGCACGCUCCUACUCCAACUUCGUCCUUUCCUACGCGCGAAUCGAGUCAACCUACAAACGGGGCGAGGCCAGGAGGAAGCAAGAAGAAGAAGGCAGCCGACGACGACGACGAUGACGGCAACAAGACGAAGCGACAGAAAAUUUCCUACGGACGCGAGUGA